AUGUUUAUUCAGGUACUAAUCAGGAGCGUGCCACAUGUUUCUGGGCGCUCAAUAUCAGAUAGUCUCGAACACUUCUUUCAAACAAACCACCCAAAUCACUACCUUUGUCACCAGUUGACGAUGGAGCGCCAAAGAAUUCUCAAAGACCCGAAAUCUAUAAUUUCAGUUGCCUUUGUAUCAUUUAAUUCUCGAUGGGGGGCUGCCGUUUGUGCACAGACACAACAAAGCCAGAAUCCGACUCUCUGGCUAACAAAUUGGGCCCCCGAAUCCCGAGAUGUAUACUGGAAGAACCUGUCUAUACCAUUUGUUUCUCUUAGCAUUCAGAAGCUUGUGAUUUCACUAUUGGUGUUUGCAUUGGUGUUUUUUUACAUGAUACCCAUUGCUUUCGUGCAAUCCCUUGCAAAUCUUGACGGUCUUGAAAAGGUUGCACCUUUUCUCAAGCCAGUGAUUGAAUUGAAAUUCAUCAAGUCAUUCCUACAGGGGUUCCUUCCUGGUCUAGCUCUCAAAAUUUUCUUAUACAUUCUUCCCACGGUUUUGUUGAUUUUGUCGAAGGUUGAGGGUUAUGUAGCAUUAUCAGUACUAGAACGGAGGGCAGUAGCAAAAUACUACUACUUUAUGCUGGUGAAUGUGUUCUUGGGGAGCAUAGUGGCUGGAACUUCUGUAUACUUUUGGAGUCCUCCUAGCUGUGCUAGAAACCAGGAAUGUUUAUCGAAAACUUGAAUCUGAUCUACAAAGCAGUAAGAAGAGGCUUGUAGAACUUGUUGAAGAGUCUGAUGCUUUAAAGAAGGGGCGAGAGGAAUCUGAUGAACGAGAGGAGGCACUAGACGAGCUUAAGGCUAUUGAACAAAAGUAUAAUGAGCUAAAGGGCAAGAUGGGGCAGUAUGCAGACAAUGAUCCAGCUGCCUUUGAAGCAAUGAGUUAAAAAAUGCUAUGCUUUCUAUUGAACUUCAACUAUAUUAUCAAUUUUAGCGAAUUUUUUAUCCUUUGGGAAUCUACUUUAACCGACCAACCAUUCUAAAACCUUAUGAGCAUCAAAGCAUUCUUACUUUUGAUAUUGUGGUUGUUGAGGAAGCUAUCAAAGUCGCCCAUGCUGUAUUUUUUUUCGUUUUUGUAACAAAUGAAUUAUGGACUUCUACAUUAAAGUGACUUA